AUGAGUUUGUCGGAGAGGCAAAGAGAAGAAAUGUAAGUGAGCGGCAAGCCGGUCCGGGCUCCUUCAGUUUUAUGGCGGACUAAAUUGAAUUCUGCCAAAGGGAAAAAGAGAAGGCAUUGCGAAAUGCCUUCUCUUUUCUGUUUUCAUCUAUUUAACGCCUUUCCCUUUCAGCAACCGAGCCAUCGCAGAAUAUCUGCAAAACAGCGGGUAUAACGACACAUUCAACGUCUUUCUAAAGGAAUCCAGCCUGGUUAGUAAUGAAACAGAUGAAGACAUUUAUGAAGUACGUGGUUUCAGAGCGAGAAUGACAUCAAACCACUGGGCGGAAUUCUGGAGAAGAAAUGGACGACUGUGUUGCGGCUCCAGCGAAAAGUAAUAGAUUUGGAGACCAAAUUGCAGGAAUCACAAAGAGAAAUCAAUCAUGGAGCGCCCACCAGGUUUGAAAGCCUCUAGAAGAGAAAGCAAAAGUUCCGAUUCUUACAGAGACAAACGGCAAGCGGCCGAUUGGAUUCCCAGACCGCCAGAGACUCAGAAACUGACUGGGCACCGUCUUCCGGUCACCAGAGUCGUCUUCCAUCCGUUGUGGACUGUGAUGGCCAGUUGCUCUGAGGACGCCACCAUCAAGAUUUGGGACUACGAGACGGGAAAUCUCGAGAAGACACUGAAGGGACACACCGACGCCGUUAAUGACAUUGCGAUCGACGCGGCUGGAAAACAAUUGGGUUGGUAUUCUUGUGAAAGCGCUUGAAAUUCCUAAUUGUUUCUCCUUUUCAGUCUCAUGCUCCUCUGAUCUCUCCAUAAAACUGUGGGACUUUGGGCAGACGUACGACUGCCUCAAAUCUCUGAAAGGACACGAGCACACUGUUUCCUCGGUGACGUUCCUGCCAACCGGCGACUUCGUGCUCUCCGCCAGUCGGGACCACACCAUCAAGCAGUGGGAUGUAAGAGAUUGCCAAUAGAAAAAGAAAACCCGCACAAUGCUUCUUUAGAAAUUGAUAUAUGCGUAGGCACUAUUUCAUAACUAUCGCAUUCAGAUUUCGACCGGCUACUGUGUGUUUACGUUCCGUGGCCACAAUGACUGGGUCCGAAUGAUACGGAUCUCGAACGACGGCACUCUUUUCGCUUCCGGAAGUCUCGAUCAGACUGUCAGUGUUUGGUCAUUCGCCACGAAGUCUGCUAAAUUGGUGCUCCGGGAUCACGAGCACGCAGUCGAAUGCGUCGAAUGGGCUCCCGACUCUGCGUACUCCAACAUCACCGGACAACGUGAGUGACAAUCUAAUUUGGAAAUCUGGAAAGAUCUUUACCUUCUUUCAGAACCAGAAGGCAAUUCAACGCACAUUCUGUUCAGUGGAAGUCGUGACAGAAGCAUCAAAGCGUGGAAUAUCAACACAGGAGACGUAGUGUUCACUCUGUUGGCUCACGAGAACUGGGUCAGAGGGUUGGCCUUCCAUCCGAAAGGAAAGGUAAGUGAUGCGAGGGAAUGGGUAACAGACGAAUCUAUCGAAUUGCAGUAUCUGGUAUCAGUUGCCGACGACAAGACGCUCCGAGUGUGGGAGCUGAGUGCUCAACGGUGUAUGAAGGCCAUCGAGGCACACGAUCACUUUGUUUCCACAGUUGGUCAGUAAAUCAUUCUCCUAGGAACACAUCCGAAGUCUUUAUCUUUUUCAGCUUUCCACCCAUCGGCUCCUUUCGUUAUCACUGGAAGUGUGGAUCUGACGUGCAAAGUGUGGGAGUGUCGCUGAUCCCGUUUCGCCGUCUUAUUUUGUGCAUCUCUCCGUUUCUCGCUUUCUUUGAGUCUCUCUAUACCCCUCAAAUACUCUGAAUUCUUCCCGUUUGUGUCGCCCUGGUGGUUGUGAACUCUUUAUUAUCCCCCUCCCAAUUCGAUAUGUUCGUCUUCUCAAAAUAUCGUCCAUCGUUGGCAAACUCGUCGAACGUUCCCACUUUGCCUCCGUUUGCUUCUUUUCCACGUCUUUAUAUUGCUCCUUUGUAAAUCAUUGCUCGACCACGAACAGUUCGCAAAAAGCUUCAUAUGUUCUGCAUUUUCCCCGUUCUUUUUGUCUCCUCUAACAUAUUCCCCACACAGAGAAUCCCGUUUUUGAGUGUCAAAUAAAGUCUAUGCCGCUUUUUAUAGCAAAAUGCUCCAACCACGCCCACUGCGCGUUUUUUCAAUUUCCGCUCCCAAAUCGCAAAUCCAUCUCUUCUGAAUUUCGGGUGUUUCUAGUAUCAUAUCAUCAUGCGACUUCUAUUGAUUCUCCUUUCAUUAGCAGGUCGUUCGGAUUUGAAUUCCUCAAAAACUUACUCCUUUUCAGCCGUUUCCGUUUGCCUCCAAUGCUGGAAUUGUGUCGGAUCGGACUGCGAUGUCUACCGUGCGAGCUCGAAAAACUGGCAACUGGUGACGUGUCCGGAAGGAAGCGUUUGUCAGGUUUGCGCCUGAAAAAGAGCCAAAACCAUCAGAAGUCGGAUCUUAGAAAACCGACUUUGUAUUCUACAGUAAUCAGAAGAACGAGUCUCUGAGCAGUCACACCGUCCGCAGCUGCUCCUACGAAACCGGCGAGUUCUUCUUCCGGUUGACGACGUCUUCUUUUCCUUGUUCAGGUUGCACUUGGGAUCGGAGCCGCACGUGCCAGAAGUCUCCGGUUGAGUAUGCGGGAAGAGGAUGCGCCGAUCGAUUCUGCUGCGGAAAGGAUCAGUGCAACGGCGCGUCCCGGAACCUGAUGACACUCCUUGCGUUCGUUUGUUUACUGCUUUGAGCAUUGAUAAAGAUUCUUGUCUGUUGUUGUUCUUUGAGAAGAGCCAGAAUGCGUGGGCGGGAGGGCAGGUGGCAUUCCUCCUCAAGCCCAUAAUCAGUCGGAGUUCUCGUGUUUCCCCUAACAACCUCCCUCUAUUUUCGAGCUGAGAAGUUUAAACAUUUCCCUAAAUCUCCCGAAUGUUUUGCCUGAAAUCCUUCUUCGUUUUCACUUCCCAAAAAGACAAUUCGUCAUGGAGUUAUCUGCCGGAGAGAGCACAGAAACAGGUAAUUGAGUAUUUGGAGCCGAACGAAAAGUGAGCCACUCUUUUGAUAUCCGAGCAAUGUUCCGCUCAGAGCGAGACUUGGAAUGACGUCGAAAUGCCAUUACAAGCUGGUGAGGGAAGUGCCGACUCGCGUCCAUUGGCUGCAGUUCUCUCCGAUCCGCGAGAACACCAGAAACGUGCGCAUUUUUGUGUUCUUCGACGAACUGAAACAGAACUUUUACGCGUUUGACUUUGCGAAACAGGCGGAAGAGACAAAACUGACGAUUGAGAAGAACGGAGAAGAACGGACAAUAAAGAUGUUGAAAGGGGAGUACCGGGAGAUGGCGAGCCGAUGUUUCGAGGGUUGGCUCAAAGGAUCGAUUGUGCACACACUGGAUGUGAGGGUAAGAGGAACGGAAUCUCACGGCAAUGACGGCGAGACUUCAGGGCGAUUACAAUGGGAUCGUCCCUCCGAAUAUACAGCUGUCGACGUUCAGCUUCACAGAUAAAUACAGUAAUCGUUCCCUUCCUCUCAGAAUAUCACGAUCUGUUCAGACUGCUUCGAAUCCAUCAUUCCCCGUUGGUUGGACAAUAUUUCAGAAGGAAAUCUCAACUUGAUUCUGAUGUCAGAUCAUUGGGACCAAAUACUUGAACACAAACAUGUACGCUUUUUCUGCCUUUUGUGAAUAUCUUCCUACACUAUGCUAUGCUGUUCCUUUUCAGUUUUCCAAUCCAUUGAGCACUUGCAAACUGACCGGUUAUCAGGGAAUUUCGACGGAAGGAGUGGGCGGAGUCAACAGUCGACAGAUCCAUUUGAACAAUGUGCUCGACGAGCAGCCAUUCAAUUUGAUAGCGCAGGUUAACUUUUGCGAAGAGAGAAAUAUUAAAUCAGACUUCAGAAGUGGUCAAAAGGCAACCUUCCGCCUCCUUUCGACUGGAUUAUAGUCACGUGCACUCUCAAAACGUUUUGCGUUGAGAAACUUGUGGAAAACCUGAAAGUGCAGUCAUUAGAAGCGCGCAUCUUUGAGGAAUAGUAGGAAAAACUGUAGGAGUUCCGAUGAGAACAUGCAAGUUUUCAGUGACCAAUUGAUGAAUCAAGACGAUGAAAUCGAGUAUUUUCUCGUGCACGGCUCUCGCGGACAAUUCGCCGUGUUCUGCGGAAUGCGAACGUUCGCACGUCUUCUCGUCGCGAGCCCAGCAGUCAUUGAGCACAUUCCAGAGCUCGGAAAAUAUUUGAAAACCGCUGCGUGGUCACCGGAAUGA